GCACAUGGUACCACCAAACGAUGUCGCCCGACACAACGAAGGCUCUCGAGCAUCUCGCUCCCACUAUAUGUCAUAUCAACCUAGAGGCGACCACGUGGACCGGGAGCAGUUUGCCCGUGUCAGCGCCCAGUUAACGAAGAUCAAGCAUGAACUUGAUGUCGAGCGCAAUAAGAACUGGCGAGUUCGGACAACCAUCGAGGCCGAGCAGCAGCAGAAGGUUGAAGCCGCGUCCUCGAAGAUGCUUACCAACCUCCUGCGAGAGCAAGCUGAAGCUCUCACGCUCAAAGCCAAGGUCGAAGCUAGGGAGCGUGAACUUGACUUUCGGGAGCAAAGAAUCUCACAGCAGGAAGUUUACCUUUCCGAAGGCCAAAAGCAGCUCUGGUAUUCUCUCGAAGCAAACGGCGUUCGCCCUAUGAGUGCAGUGGAUAUGCAGCACGCCAGACAAGAAGCCGAGCUAAACGCUCAGAAGGCCAUGGCUGACGUCAAUGGAAAGCUUAACAUCAAGAUCGAAGGUCUACGUCUUCGUGAGGCAGCACAGCAAAUGCGCGAACAGCAGUACAAGGCUAUCGUUCGCGAUUCGCUCAAGGACGAACUCGAGAACUCGCUGACCGAUGAGAAGGCUGAAGAGAUUGCCGAGAUUGAGUACAAUAACGGAUACGGUGCAGGUAAAGAGAUCGGUAGCAAAGAAGCACAAGAGAAGUCUCGCCAGCGAGGCUUCUUAGAGGGCUAUGGCGCCUGUCACCGUACUCAAAUUACCCUUAGCAAGUGUCGCCAGGGUCUGAUUGAUCGUGACAGCCCCGAGCUGAACUUCCUCUACGACGCCAACCACCCACACAACCUCUGGAACAUUGGCGAGCUCGUCGGUCGCCUGGAACAUGAAGACAACGCCGAGAAGAUGAAGAACGUGGGAAAGAGGGACUCUGUGGUCGAGAAGCCAGUCAUCAACACCAAGACUGCCAAUGUCGCUGAUGAGCCCCGCGACAUGAAUGGCAAGGUCAACGGGAUGCCACUCGCGCGUCCCACCUUCGCCGCCGAGCUUCGCGGUCCCUCUGCUACACACAACGGCCACAUCAUUCUCGCUAACAACGUCACUUCACCAGCCGCCAAGAAGACUGAACAACUCAUCAUCAAGGGUGAGGAGCCUGUCGUGAAUUUGAUUGACUUCGUGUAA